AACGCCAGUAUUGUUUUGAUGUUUGCUGGUGUUUUUAGUCAUAAGGAGAAGCUGAACUUUUAAUCCGCGUCUUCUUGUCUUUUACCGUAAAGAAGAGAAAGAAGAGCGUCCAAUAUGUACAGUCCGAGCUGAUGAAGAAAACCUGCGUGCUGAAUGAAGAUAGACAUUUGCCCUAACACAGUGGUUAGCUGCCCUGUUCGCUGGCUAGCAGGGAGCUAGCCAUUAAAGUUUGCUUCAACAUGGAUUGUACAGCGCUGGAACACGAUGCUUUCAAAUUUGCCAAAGCGGCUGUGACCUAUGACCAAAAGGCCAAAUAUAAUGAGGCUGUUUUUUAUUAUAAGGAGGCAGCCCAGGCUUUGAUCUAUGCUGGAAUGGCAGGGUCCAAACUGGAAGGGCUCCAGGACAAAGUGAAUGAAUAUUUGAACCGGGUUCAAGCCCUCCACAAUGCAGUCCAGUCUGAGAAGAUCGACCCGCUGAAAUCCCGCCACCAGGUGGACCUAGAGCGCGCCCACUUCCUGGUAACUCAGGCCUUUGAGGAAGAUGAGAAGGGGAACGGUGAUGAAGCUAUAGAGCUGUACACUCAGGCCGUGGAGCUCUGCAUAAAGACGUCGAACGAGUCAUCAGAUCAGACUCUUCAGACGAAGCUGAAGCAGCUGGCACGUCAAGCUUUGGACAGAGCUGAAGGUCUUAAAGAGUCGCAAUCCAAGUCAACCUCGGCACAGUCUCAGGACAGAACAGGGCCUCCAGGAACCAAGUCCAGCGGCGGUUCAAGCGGACCGGUUCGUCAGUUCUUCCCUCUCGGGCCAGACUUCUCAGUCCACGACCGACCACAGCCUCAACCAAUCAGAGCGGUUCAGUCCAGUGAGCCCCAGGGUCAACGGUACACAGCUGAGGAGAUCGAGGUCCUCAGGAGUACAUCUACAAUCAAUGGCAUUGCCUAUAUGCCCUUCAUGAGUGUGGACUUAAAGGAGCGAUUUGCCUUCCCUGUACCGUUCUCGGACAAAACUGGGAAACUUGCUCUUUCUCCCAAACAGAAAGCCAUCUUCUCCCGCUGGGUUCGGCCAGAUGAGAUCUGCAAUAAUCCCACCAUGAUCAUGUCUGUGUCCAGCUUCAGCAUCAAACAGACGGUGGUCUCUGACUGUUCAUUUGUGGCUUCACUGGCCAUCAGUGCAGCUUAUGAGAGGCGCUACAACAAGAAACUCAUCACCAGCAUCAUCUACCCUCAGAACAGGCGAGGAGAACCAGAGUAUAACCCCUGUGGAAAGUACAUGGUCAAACUUCACAUCAAUGGAGUGCCCAGAAAGGUGAUCAUAGAUGACUACCUUCCGGUGGAUCGUAACGGAGAGCUGCUCUGCUCCUACUCCAGCAACCGCAAUGAGCUGUGGGUUUCCCUGAUAGAGAAGGCUUACAUGAAGGUGAUGGGUGGCUACGAUUUCCCUGGCUCCAACUCGAAUAUCGAUCUGCAUGCACUCACUGGCUGGAUCCCUGAGCGCAUUGCUAUGCACUCUGACAAUCAGUCCUUCAACAAGGAAGACACCUUCCGCAUGCUCUUCCAAAGAUUCCACAGGGGGGACUGUCUCAUCACCACGGCGACGGGGGUGAUGACAGAGGAGGAAGGUGAUAGAUGGGGUUUGGUGCCAACACAUGCCUAUGCAGUUCUUGACAUCAGGGAAUACAAGGGAAUGCGUUUCCUGCAGCUGAAAAAUCCAUGGAGUCAUCUGCGUUGGAAGGGGCGCUACAGCGAGCGGGAUGAGAAAAACUGGACGCCGGAGCUCCUUAAAUACCUCAACUUUGACCCCAAGACGGCACAGAAGUUUGAUAAUGGGGUUUUCUGGAUUGCAUGGGAGGAUCUCUGUCAGUAUUAUGAUGUCAUUUAUCUAAGCUGGAACCCAGCACUGUUUAAAGACUCCUCCUGCAUUCACAG